AUGAAAGCACGCAAUGCUGCUAGCACGCUUCUACAACAGAGUUGGGGUUUCCGUCUUACAGGUGGUGUUGAUUUUCGCUUUGGAUUAGCAGUAAAAAAAGUAACACCGAAUAGUCCAUCACAUAAUAAAAUCUACCCGGGUGAUGGUUUAGCGUUUAUUGAUGGCCACGAUACAUCGACAAUGUCUCACAGUGAAGCGGAAGAAUUUAUUCGUAAUUCAUUGAGAUUACAAUUGGUUGUCAGAAGGAUUCAGUUGGACGCAAAAUUAAAUGAAUUCACAAAAAAAGAUAUAUUUGAGCUUGGUGCAUAUAAUUAG